UCAGUAUAUCUAAAAUCGUUUACGGAUUUGUCAUUGAGAACUUCUAGAUAUAGAACUAAAUCUAGUUUCAGGUAGAUCUAGAUUUUAAAAAAAUGUAAAUGAAAUACCUGGCCACAUUUCGCGGCAAAACCAAACAUGGCGGAUUUAUCAGUAGCUAAAAAGAGUGACCUUGAAUCAUUCAAGAACAAUGCCAAUGAUGUCAUCUAUUUUAAGCUAGUCAGAAAAGAGGAAGACAUUGAAGAUGAGAGUAAAACUUUUCAUCCAGACAUGACUCAUCAAUUGUUUGGAGAUUCAGAAUUGAUAUUUGGUUAUAAAAAUUUGAAUGUUCACAUAUACUACACUGCAGCCAGACUUAUUCCUUAUCUAAACAUCUCUUACAGUGAAUCAUGUCAUGAAGAUCAGCAUGGUAUUAAGCCUGAUGAUGUAGAAAAGAGUUUAUCGAAUGAACUUCCUCCAAAUUAUUUUACGAACCUUGACACGUUUAGAGUCGCAUUAUCAGAGGAUGUCAACUUCAGACCGUUUGGUCAUAUGGUUGAUUCAUACACAUUGACACCAAAGAAUUCAGAAGAAAAACAUUUUGAAGUUUACUAUGUCAAGAUUGAGGAACCAGGAUUUCGAGAUUUCCAUGUGAAGCUCCAGUCUUUCAUUAAAUUCUAUAUCGAUGCUGCCUCUUACAUUGAUGUGGAUGAUCAACAGUGGGAUUUCUUUCUUGUAUUCGAGAAAUACAAAGAGAAUGGUGAGCAUAAGUAUGCUACAGCCGGAUAUAUGACUGUAUAUAACUUCUACGCUUAUCCUUCUAGAAUCAGACCAAGGAUAAGCCAGGUUCUUAUUUUACCACCGUUCCAGAAAAUGGGACUAUGUGCUCGUGUGCUUCAAACAUUUUACAAUAUUUGUUACAACAGACCUGAAGUAUUAGACAUAACAGUUGAAGAUCCAUCAGAAAACUUUCAGAGAGUCAGAGAUUUUGUUGAUGCCAGAAACUGCUGUAACUUAAAGAGUUUUCAACCAUCUGAAUUGAAUCAGGGAUUUUCACAUGAGAUGACCCAUGAAGCACAGUUAAAACUCAAAUUAAAUAGGUUACAAGCAAGAAGAAUGUAUGAGAUCCUAAGACUUAAAGCCACAGACAGAGGAAACAAAGAACACUACAGAGCCUAUAGGCUGGAUGUGAAGAGAAGAUUAAAUAUACCAUUCUUGAGAAAUAGACGCACUUACAAAAAGCUAGAAAAGAGCCUUAGUGAUGAAGAAUUGUCUCAGACUUUAGGGUUGAUGAAGAAGGAACAGAAAUUCCAGUAUUUGGAGAAUGCAUUUCAAGAAGAAUUGAACUCAUAUCAACAUGUUCUGGACAGAUUGUCAACCUUUCAGUAACAUUCUCCAUAUUAGCUUGCAUUUCUUUUAAUCAUCUCAGUGACAUCGUGAUGUUGAUGGACAUACAUUGAACAUCAUCCCUUGUGUUUUAGGCCUACCUGAAAUAUUUAUUCAGUUAGUUUAAAAUUUUCUUUGACUUUUAGGCUAUCAUAGAAGAUAGAAUUUGCUUUUAAUUAGUUAUUGUAUUUAAGGUCUUCAUGAAUUAUUGAACUGGUGUCAAAUUAGCCUUUGUAUCUUAGACCCACAUGAAAGACUGAAAGACUGAGUUUGGGUCAAAUUAGUUUUUGUAUUUUAGGCCUUAAUGAAUGAUAGAUUUUGUGUCAAAUUAGUUAGACCUACAUUAAUUGUCAUAGUUUUUUGUGAUAUCAAAAGCAAUUCCAAGUGAAUAAGUAAACAUAAGUCAAAUCA